AUGAAACUCCUCACCUUCUUCUACUUGAUGUUUCUCAUCAUCUUGAUGCAGUUAAGCAGCACUGUGUUGUCACUGAGUAGUAGUACUCAUCAUUCAAAGAUAUGCAAUGGUUCCAUAGGAGAAUGCAAUGAAGAAGGUGAAGAAUUAAUGGAGUCAGAAAUAAGCAGAAGGCUUUUGGAACAAAGAAGAUACAUUUCUGAAGGAGCUCUAAAGAGAGAUAGACCAGUCUGUAAUGGUGGUGCAGGUGGUGAAGCUUAUAGUAAAUCUGAAGGGUGUAUUCCUCCACCUUCAAAUCCUUAUAAUAGAGGAUGUUCUAAGUAUUAUCGUUGUAGGUCUGAUUCUUGA